CGUCAAAUUGAUGAUAAUUUCAUAGUCAGCCGUUAAAUUAUUUGAGCAACAACAGAUGUCUUCUAGCCCCCAAGUCGUCGAACAAGCAGCUUCCUCCUCCACUCUUGAGCAACCAGCAGCCAAGAAGCGGAAGCUUGCAUCCAGCAGUACAACAUCCCCAACCUCCUCCACCAGCCCCCACAAUAACAACAACAUUAGUGGCAGCAGCGGUGGUGACGGCAACGGCGACGCUGUUGAUGCUCUGAGUGGGAAAGAGACGACCACCGCUACAGCUGUUUCAUCGUCUUCGUCCUGCUCUGUUUCGUUAAGUUGCGAAAACGCAGCCGGCUCAAUCGUUUCAACAACGGGCGAGAGUGGCAGCGGCGGCAUUAGUACAUCGUCAGCAGUGAAUAAAGAAAGCAAAAUUGUAAAAAGUGGUGACCAGAGAAAUUCCUCCUCGUGCAUUGAGAAGAAACAGGAAAACUCCCCAGCAGCAGCAGUAGUGGACUCUAAUCUGGCAAAACAACAAACAAGCGCUAAUAGCAACAACAGCUCGGCCGUUUCAUCUACAACCAAUAGCAGCAAAAACAACACCAACAGCAGCACCACAAACAACUCAUCGGGAAUGGCUUCUAUUUCUGGUGGUGGCUCAUCCGCUGGCGGUGACAUCGAUGAAUCGUUGUACUCGCGCCAAUUGUAUGUGCUUGGUCAUGAUGCAAUGCGUCGUAUGGCCAGCUCGGACAUCUUGUUGUCUGGCCUAAAUGGUUUGGGUUUGGAAAUAGCCAAGAACGUCAUCUUGGGUGGUGUUAAAUCCAUAACUCUCCAUGACACCGAUAAUUGUACGAUACAAGACUUCUCAUCUCAAUUCUAUUUGACCGAAGCCGAUAUUGGUAAAAAUCGUGCCGAAGCAUCAUGUAAUAAAUUGGCCGAACUUAAUAACUAUGUUCGUACAUCAGCAUAUACCGGUGAAUUGACCGAAGAUUUCCUGCGUCAGUUCCGUGUCAUUGUCUUGACAAAUGCCAGCGAUGCUGAACAGCAUCGCAUUGCAAAAUUCGCCCAUGAGAAUAACAUUGCAUUGAUUAUUGCCGAAACUCGUGGUCUGUAUGCCAAAGUCUUUUGUGAUUUUGGUGAAAACUUUACUAUCUACGAUCAGGAUGGUGCCCAACCCAUUUCGACAAUGAUUGCAAGUGUUACCCAUGAUUCACAGGGUGUUGUCACCUGUUUGGAUGAGACACGUCACGGUCUUAACGAUGGUGAUUAUGUAACAUUCUCCGAAGUUCAAGGCAUGACUGAAUUGAAUGGUUGUGCUCCAUUGAAAAUUAGUGUAUUGGGUCCAUACACCUUCAGCAUUGGUGAUACCAGUAAAUUCAGCGAAUACAAGACCGGUGGUAUUGUAACCCAAGUGAAAAUGCCCAAAACCAUUAGUUUCAAACCCUUGGAGGUUGCAGAAAAAGAACCGGAGUUUUUGAUUUCCGAUUUCUCAAAAUUCGAUCAUCCUGCUACAUUGCAUGUAGCUUUUAAAGCUUUGCAUAAAUAUCUCGAAGAAAAUGACGGAAAACCACCACGUCCAUGGAAUGAAGAGGAUGCCCAGAAAUUCUUGCAACUUUGCAAAUCCAUCGAUCAGAAUGUGUUGGACAAUGUUGUGUUGACCUUUGCCAAGAUUUGUGCUGGUAACACCUGCCCCAUUGAUGCUGCCAUGGGUGGUAUGGUUGCCCAGGAAGUUCUUAAGGCUUGCAGUGGCAAAUUCACACCCAUCUAUCAAUGGUUCUACUACGAUGCUGUUGAAUGUCUACCCGAAGGCGGAGUUGAGGAGGCUGAUGCCCAACCCAUUGGUUCCAGAUAUGAUGCUCAAAUUGCCAUUUUCGGCAAGAAAUUCCAAGAGAAAUUGGGUGAUGUCAAAUACUUUAUUGUUGGCGCCGGCGCUAUUGGUUGUGAACUGAUCAAGAACUUUGCCAUGAUUGGUGCAGGUGUGCGCAAUGGCCAACUUUUCAUAACCGACAUGGAUCUCAUUGAGAAAUCAAAUUUGAAUCGUCAGUUCCUGUUCAGACCAAAAGAUGUGCAAAAACCCAAAGCCCAAACCGCUGUGGCUGCCAUCAAACAAAUGAAUCCCGAAAUUAAGGUCACCGCCUAUGAAUUGCGUGUCGGCACCGAAACCGAAAAAGUAUUCUCCGAAGAAUUCUACAGCCAAUUGGAUGGUGUAGCCAAUGCUUUGGAUAACAUUGAUGCCCGUAUUUAUAUGGAUCGUAAGUGUGUUUUCAAUCGCAUACCCUUGGUGGAGUCUGGUACUCUCAGCACUAUGGGUAAUGUUCAGGUUAUUGUGCCAUUCUUAACGGAAUCGUACAGUUCAUCACAAGAUCCACCAGAGAAGAGCAUUCCGAUUUGUACAUUGAAGAAUUUCCCCAAUGCCAUUGAGCAUACCUUGCAAUGGGCACGCGAUUGUUUCGAGGGCAUUUUCACACAGACGGCCGAGAAUGCUGCUCUGUAUGCCUCGGAUCCUACAUUCAUUGAGCGUACAUUGAAAUUAUCGGGUAUUCAGCCAUUGGAAACAUUGGAGUCUGUUAAGGUCGCCUUGAUCGAUGACAAACCCAAAGAUUUUGCCGAUUGCGUUAAAUGGGCCCGUCUCUACUGGGAAGAGUGCUAUGCCAAUCAAAUUAAACAAUUGUUGUACAAUUUCCCUCCCAAUCAAAUUACCUCAAGUGGUCAACCGUUUUGGUCGGGUCCCAAACGUUGCCCCGAACCAUUGGUAUUCGAUAUCAAUAAUUCAAUGCAUGUGGAUUACAUUUACGCUGCUGCCAAUUUACGUGCUGAAGUGUAUGGUUUGCCACAAGUUCGUGACCGUGAUACUGUUAUUAAUUUGGUCCAACAGGUUCAGGUACCCGAAUUCAAACCACGCUCUGGUGUUAAAAUCGAAACCAAUGAAGCUGCCGCUGCUGACGCCAACAACCACGAUGAAGUCGAUCAGGAUCGUGUAAAUAAAAUACUCACCGAAUUGCAGGCAUUGGGCAAAUUGGACUUCACCAUCAAACCAUUGCAAUUUGAAAAGGACGAUGACAAUAAUUUACACAUGGACUUUAUUGUGGCUGCCUCUAAUUUAAGAGCAACCAACUACAAGAUUACACCUGCCGAUCGUCAUAAAUCCAAGCUGAUUGCUGGUAAAAUUAUGCCGGCCAUUGCCACAACAACUUCAUUGAUUUCUGGCUGGGCCGUUUUAGAAAUCAUCAAACUUAUUAUGGGACACAAAGAUCUAUCGAAAUUCAAGAAUGGCUUUGCCAAUCUUGCCUUACCCCUUGUGGCUUUCUCCGAACCUCUGCCAGCACCCAAAAACACUUUCUAUGGCAAGGAAUGGACACUGUGGGACCGUUUUGAAGUGCCCGGUGAAUUGACAUUGCAGGAGUUCUUGGAAUACUUUGAAAAGAAGGAAAAACUCAAGAUCACCAUGUUGUCUCAGGGUGUAUCAAUGCUCUAUUCAUUCUUUAUGCCCAAGGCUAAAUGUGCUGAGCGCAUGCCAUUGCCAAUGUCCGAGGUGGUACGUCGGGUGUCCAAGAAACGCAUAGAACCACAUGAACGUUCAUUGGUAUUUGAAAUUUGCUGCAAUGACGAAGAAGGUGAGGAUGUUGAAGUACCCUAUGUGCGGUAUACUCUGCCCUAAAGACAGAC